GAGGUUUCAUUCUUUUUCUCUCUUUACAUUUCCUCAACCUUUUCUGCUAUCAUUUCUCAAGGUCUUUUUUCCUGCUGAGUCAACUCGCUCCGAGUUACGACGUUCGCUCGAUUGCUGAUCAUCAUCAUCAUCAUCUCACUUUUAUCUCAGCGAUGUGUAUGACGUGGCGGAGAAUCGCGGUUGUUACGGCGUUGUUUUCGGUUUUGCUUUUCAUCACUGUUCUUCCACAUUCUGUGAUGCGGUUGAAUUUGAAUGAUUUUCAAGUGAAGAGGUUGAUUUCAUCCACCAUUAACGACGUUCUUCCUUCACCACAUCGGAAGCUCCUUUCGCCAAAGAACGUUGACAAGCCAAAUCGAUUUUGGGGUGAUACAAACAAGUGCAGUGAAUCCGAUAUUCUAGUUAACCAAGGACCGGGUGCACCACUUCCCUCCGGUAUACCCACUUACACUGUUGAGAUUCUGAAUGCUUGUGUCUCUGGUUGUGACAUCUCUCAGAUCCACCUCCAUUGCGGGUGGUUCAGCUCUGCUCACCUCGUCGAUCCACUCAUCUUCAAGCGAAUCCAUUUCAAUGAUUGCCUCGUUAAUGCUGGCAGAGCCUUACUAAAUGGGCAGUCCAUUACGUUUCAGUAUGCCAAUACCUACAGUUACCCACUUUAUGUUUCAUCUAUGAGUUGCUUAUAGUUGAUUAGAUUUCAAGUCAUUUACUUGCAUCUUGGAGUAGUAGAUAAGUAUCUAGUUUUAUUAACAAAUUAGGCUUCCUUUAGGAGAAGUUAACCAAAAACCACCCAACAAUUAUAUCGAGCAAUGAAGCCAUAGUUGUGACUCGCAGCUUAUGCUUUAUAUAAUUGUUGGGUGUUUGAUUAUCUUCUUCAAUUGUGGGUAGAUUUUCAUACGGUUUUGGUAUACACAAGGCUUGAGAGUUUAAAAGAGGCCCUGAUAUCGGUGGGGAUUUUUUGGUGUAAUUAGCCUAGAUUUCAUGUCUUGACCUUGGGCAAAUUUUUGAGGGGGGUAUAUAGUUGUAUAUACGAGUAAUACUCGUAGUGAAAUUUUUGCAAGCACAUUAAUGAUACUAUAUAGUAAAAAUAUGAUAUGUUCAUCGAA